AGAUUGUUUCAGCAGUCCGCCAUUUCAAAUAUUUGAACUUCCCCAGUGACAACUUCUAGUGCAAGUCGGGGUGCCAUAAUUUAUCUGCUGAUCUGGGGAAAGCGGCCGUGGCUUGGUUGUGCACAUGUGCGCUGGAGCUGUGGCACUUUUUCCUGCCUGGUUGUGAGUAAAGGCGAAUGCUGUGGCUGCUCGGGACGAGUUUAACGGCGGAAAGGUGCUGAAGUUUUUGUAUGAGCUGAGCUGAGCUGAGCGCGGCUGGCGGAUCCGGACACACAGCAGGCCCGGGUGAAGCCUCGGAUUUUGGGUGGCAGCCAUGGCCGGACACUUCGACGCGGAGGACCGGGGCAGCUGGUACUGGGGCAGACUUAGCCGACAAGAGGCCGUGUCCCUGCUGCAGGGACAGAGACAUGGCGUGUUUUUAGUGCGGGACUCUAUUACCAGCCCCGGAGACUAUGUGCUGUCCGUGUCAGAAAACUCUAAAGUCUCUCAUUAUAUCAUCAACAGCAUCAGCAACAGCCGGCAGUCCGCUCCGGGCUUGGCAACUUCUCGCUUUCGUAUUGGAGACCAGGAAUUUGAUGCACUACCUGCCCUGCUGGAGUUUUAUAAGAUACACUACCUGGACACCACCACUCUGAUUGAGCCCAUCAACAAAGCCAAGUACUCUGGAAUUGGUGUUGCUAGCAUGGGGCCAGGAGGAGUUCCCCAGAGGCUUGAAGAGGAAUAUGUCCGUGCGCUGUUUGACUUCCCUGGCAAUGACGACGAGGACUUGCCCUUUCGAAAGGGCGAUGUCCUGCGGGUUUUGGAGAAGCCUGAAGAGCAGUGGUGGAACGCGCAGAAUUCAGAAGGCCGUGUGGGUAUGAUUCCUGUGCCGUACGUGGAGAAAUUCCGGCCAGCUUCUCCCACAUCAGGGACCCUGUGCGGUGGAGGAACAGGCACUGUGGGCAAUUCAGAUGGCCACAAUUCCCAAUCCCCUCCUCUGCUUGGUGAACCAGGCCCAUAUGCCCAGCCAACAUCUUUACCCAACCUGCAAAAUGGGCCUGUGUUUGCCAGAGCGGUUCAGAGAAGAGUUCCCAAUGCCUAUGAUAAGACAGCUCUUGCUUUAGAGGUUGGCGACUUGGUAAUGGUGACAAAGAUCAACGUAAACGGGCAAUGGGAGGGCGAGUGCAAGGGCAAGAGAGGCCAUUUUCCCUUCACGCAUGUGCGCUUACUGGAUCAGCACAACCCCGAUGACGACCCGAGCUGAGAUUAGAGAAUAGUUUUCCUCUACAGCCCUUAAAUGCACAUGCCCUCUCCUCUCACACCUCAUAACUGAUGUGCCCAGCAGUAGCCUCUUCUACUAGAUCCUUUUCCUGUAUGUCCAUUCAUUCUGUGCCAUCAUGUCAUUCAUGCCGAUAUAUUCAGCCAUUUCCUGAUUAGAUCUUAUGCAACGAUUGAAGGUAAUCGUUCAGUAGACACUAAACACCAUGGACAUUUCUAUAGUUUACCAUAGAUGGAAUGUUGGUGUGAUUAUUGUGCAUUUAAAAAUAAGGGGGGGGGGUUGAGACAAGUCUGCUUGGACUCAAGAUUUAAGCAGUUUGGUGUUGCUAUAAGGGACUGUUGCUCUGUGUUUGAGUAGCAUACACUACUUGUACUGAUUUGCUAAAAAAAAAAAAAAACGGCUGCAUUGAAGGGGAUUCGUUUGGAGCCUUCCAUCACACUACAAAUAAUCUACCAUGUGAUUAUGUACAAAUGUCUGAGAGAAAAUGCUGAUCAUACACGUAUUGUUUACUAUUACAUGCUUAAUUUGUAUUCCUUUAAGCAUUUUUGUGCACAGAAGUAUUUUUUUGUGUUGAGUCUUGUUAGUUAAACAGUCCCUUUUAUUUUUUAUUGAUCACUACAGGAGAGGGUUUCUAGACCGUGGACACUUUAUUUAGCAGUUACAAAUCGGUUUUGGUUGGUGGGAAACACAAGGUCACUUGAUUGACCUUGUGUGUGUGUUAAAAUAAGUAGUACUUAAGAGUUUUUUUUUGCGCUACCCCACUAAACGAUCACACAAAGAUGCAACCAGUUUUACCACUUUGAUAUACACAGCGAGAUUGUAUGUGUCACUGUGUGUAAGAUGUAAAUGCCUCAAACACGUCUCUCUAGAAGUGUAAAGGACACUACAGUAGUCUUCAUCUAUGAUUGUUUUAUGUAUCUGUAAGCCAGCUGAGUACCAGUUUAACCGUACAGCAAUAUUUGCAACCACACAUCACUGCUUCAUAGUGGCAAUGUUUAUCACUCAUUAUAUAUAACAGUAAUAGUUCCUUUAACCAGCUGUUUGCCUUUAUCGCAAAAGCACCGAAUAACAGAAGCAACUCGUCUUUAAUAUAGCCUCAUAAACAAUGGGUAAAAAUAGUGUAGAAGGAUCGUAACGAGCCCUCUUGUAUUUAAACAAAUGUAUUCCAUAAUGUAGCUGCUUACCACUUUUUCAAGAAAAAAAAGGAUCUAAUGAAAUUGACUUAAUGAUCAAAUGUAUAGCACUAAAUGAACGACCAUCAGAAAACACCGGGGGCAUGGUUAUUGUUAGCAGUCCUUUGAUUGAUCCGAAAUAACAUCGUUUAAUCAAUUGAAUAUGGACAAUCACCUGAGAAAUUACUCCAUCCAUUAUAUCUGAAAUGUGAAAGUUGGGUAUGAAGAAAUAAUAAACAAGUCAAAUUCAUGUCACAUUAAUGAAGGAUUUUCUUUCUGCUUUAGUGUUAAAUGCAAUUGCGAGAAGUAUUCAGCAAUGGAGCAUAAAAUCUCGUUUGAAGUAGGGCCCAGUGUUUCAAGGUAUAAACCAAAUCUAAAUUCCAAACAUUUAAUAAGCCAUAAAACAUCAGAUGGUAGCAUCCAAUAGAAACUUAAACUGUGCCCAAUUCUGCAGGCUGUUUGGUAUUUUUUCAGUACACGUAAGUGAUGACCUUAUAAAAAGAAGAUCCAUAGACGGUUAUUAUCAGUCUCAUGUCUGAGAUUGUUUAAUCCUUGUUUGUUUCAUUCCUAGUAAUUAUGACUAAUGCACCUAAAGAACGAACCAGUGUGCUAUGUCCAAGUCGGCUGAGAAGUGACAGUGCCCCGUGGAUUUUGUACUUAAAGUAUUAUUUUUAUUUUUUGUCUUUAGUAAAAUUUACAUAUUUACUUGUGACAUUAAUCUAUGUUCAUCUAUCUUCUUCAUGAAACAUCUAAAUGUGUUUUUUUUUUUCUUCCUUGGAUCAGCCUGUACAUGAAAUGAAGAUAACCCCCAAUAGUAAACUAUUUAAACCCCA